AUGGCAAGCAAACAAAUAACAUUCACGAUGCCAUUGUGCUUUAAAUUUGAAGGGAAUAUGUACAAAAAUGCAGUUACGCUUGGUGAUGUCGACAAUGAUGGUUUGAAUGAGCUGGUGGUUGGAAAUGACAAGGGAGACCUUGCUAUUUUCAAGGGCGAGAACCAUGUGCCGGUACGGUGGGCGUCUGACGUGGGGCUAGUGUCCAGUAUUGCGGUAGGGGACGUAGUCAAUCUCAGCAGGAACGUUCUCUUGGUUAUAACAUCUUGUGGAAAUUGUUCCAUCUAUGACUUUUCUAAUGAUUCAAUUAAAGAAACUGAUAAACGCAAGGAGCUCAUACCCGUUCACAGUCAGAAGCUGCCUGCUAACAUCAAGAUGGCGCUGAUAGGUGACAUAAAUGGUGACAGUUUCUGUGAGCUUGUAGUUGCGCUCACGGACAGAAUCGUGCGCACUUAUAAAUGGACAGACUCCGGCUUGUGCGGAGUAUCUGGUUUCCCGCAAGGGAAGCUCAUUGCUCAGAACAAGUGGGAGCUCUCAGAUCAAAUAGGAGGCAUCGCUCUCAACCGCGGUGAGGGAAACCAAACUCUCCUCGUGUCGCAGCCAGGGGGUUCUUGCUUCACCCUCAGCCCUCCCACUGCCUCUUCGUCCGACCUGGAAGUGGAUGAGAACAUACCGACGCUUCUCAACAAAAUGUCUAUUGAGUUUGAGUCUCUGGACUCGUCGACUUGUUUCAAUCAUAAAGUGCAGACGGAAAUAUGCGGAGAUGUUGAAGUAGAAGACCAGGCAGGACUGCACCAUUUCCUGGGUGACUCGUACAGCAGCUGUAGUGGAAGUAAAAACUUAUCGUACGGCGGUGCCAGCUCGCCUGGCUACGUACUUGCCACAGCAGACGGUCUUGUAAUGCUUGUGAGAGACAGAAAAAUUUUGUGGAAGUGCAAUGUACGCCACCAAAUUUUGUCAGUUUCCCAACUCCUCUUGCCUUACAAGAGCAAAACAGACAGCAUGUCAUCAGGCACCAACUCCGAUCGACUCACGGACGAGCUCGAGCGAGACUCGUUUGGUGAAUCAGACGAGUCGGUGAGUCUCGACGCCGCGCCCAACCUGUCUCCUUCCAUCAACAAAUCUCCUGCUGUGAGGUCAUUGUCAUCAAAAUCCAUGCCAUCGACGCCAUCUAAACUUGCUAUUCCGAUACCCAACUCGAAGCCUAAGCGUUUGUCCAACAGAGAGAAGUACGGACAGAGAGUGGUCACUAAGAUCGUCGCGUGCUCGCCUGACGGCACCACGUCCAUACUGGAGGUGACCGAUGGACGCUGUGCGACAUUCAUGUUUCACGACAACGUUGCGUGCUGCACAUCAGGAUUCUAUGGAUAUCAGGGUAAACAAGUUCCCUGCAUUGUUUACGUGGGGUAUUCGGAUCAAGUAUUGAUUUACCAUGAUGUUAGUACCGCCUUGUUAGACAAGCCUAAGCUCAUGGACGAACUUAGAGGUAAUAUUCUGUAUGUGGAGGCUUUACGCCAACUUGGGAUCGAGAUUGAAAACAAGGAACACGUGCGACAACUCAACAGGUAUCUAAUGUACGGAUACGAUCCGCCUUUUGAGGUUAUUUCAUGAACGCUUCUAUGCCCCAAUUAAUCCCCGAGAACAAUCUGAUUGUGAAAUCGCUGCAAAACGUAUUUCGGCAUAAAAAUCAGCAUAACAAUCCUAUAGCUUUUACGAUGAAUCUGUAGGUCUAUUCAAUGCCCUUACUAUUUAAAUUCAGUUGAAAAAGCACUAUUGAUUUCAGAUCAUAUUGUCUUUAAAGGAUGAUACUGACCACAAAAAGGCUUUUAUUGCAAGAGUUAAAGCAAACGGAAAAUAUUUUGCUUGAAAAACUUAAAGUUGCGAUUUUCAAGAUCAAAAGUAAACUACAUACUCGCUUUGCAGUUCUCUAUAUAAUUGCUAAUCUGUGAUACGUCUGGCAACUCGUGUAAAGCAUCCGCAAUUGAACUCCCAACUCCAAUACACUUACCGCUAUUUCACCGACCAUAACUGAAAUGUAAUUUGUUUUUAUUGUUAGAUUUCGAGUGCACAUUUAUUUAUUACGUUCGCACUCUUUUACCGAGCUUGGUUUCUUCAAAUUCUCUGGUACAUCGUAGCAAUUGAUAAAUUUAUAAUUUAUCUUUGUUUUAAGACUUGUAAAAUUUGUAGCGGAAACAUUAGUUUGGUAUCACCUGUGACAUUUAAUAUGCAUAGUCAACGAACUGUUUCUGAAAGAUACAUGGAUAAACACAGUCUCGUUCAUUACUAGCCAUGACCGUAAACAAAUGAGAACUCAUUCUCUAUCCUACUCGACUCGUCCUACCAUGUUCGUUUGUUUCUUAUGUUGAAAUCAUAUUGCAGUUUGGUUUUCUUAAAAUCGGGGUAUAGAUAUGCUAGUCCCAGGAUUUAACGUCUCGCUGAACGUUUUGUAGACCAAUAUUCUGUGCUAUCGAAUCUUCAUUAUUAUGAUGAUAUUAAAUUUCCCCGUUAUGGACCUAAGUUCAGUUCAAUGACUGCACUUUAUUCGUUGUGUGUAGAGUAUCAGCGUUGUCCCGUGAGUGAUGAGGGCAUUGUUUCGCUGAUGCGGUUUCCAGCUUUACAAGACCUGCGCCUAAUGACGGCCCAACACUAAAGAUACGAAUAACAUUGACCAUGGUUAAUGAGCCUGUACACAAGGUGUUAAAUCGUGCGCAACUGUGUUACUGUGGAGGUAUUAAUAUUACACAACUGUAGUAAUAAAUGUUUUGAUUGCUAUUGCAACAAGUGCAUUAACUGUGCUAGCCAGUCUUAAAUGACAUUUACAGAAUUUAUUCGAGGACGUGCCUAAAUAUUUUUCAGGUAGAGAUUUGUAGUCCCGAAAAAUUUCGAUGUGGAAAUGUUGGGUACAUUUUAAAAGAAAUAUUAGCGUGUGAAAGUGUAUUCCUCAUCGACUUGUAAAUAAAUGUGUCGUUACAAUU